AUGCAGAAGGAGGGUUUUCGUGGCGAUGCGGGCGGUGAGAAUGAGUAUCCGAUCGACGAGUCGCCAUUUGGGCCUCUUAAAAGUGCCUCUACGCGCCGCACGUUCGCAUACCUCAUUGCGAUCCUAAAUAUCACGUACCCGGAUCAUGACUUUUCAAGCUUGCAGCCCACAACCGACAAUUUCCAUAAGAUCGAGAAUCCGGAGUUGCUCAUGCACGACUUCAACAGCCUCAUGACUUCCUUGGGUAAGAAAGACGAGUUGUUGAGCUGGAUUUGGGACACAAUCAACAUGUACAUGGAUAUUCUUUCGACAGGCUCGCCCGCCUUGACUCCACAGUUCGAUGGGGGCUCCAGGAAAAACAGCUAUGCCAACGGGUUCCUGGGCUCUCCUCGUGGGGACGGCGCCAUGUCUCCUGUUGACCGCGACCGCGAGUGUCGCAUCUACGAAUUCCAGCCUUCGGACCUGUCCAUUUUGGAGGACAUGAAUUUUCCUCACCAGACCAUGUGGUCCAAGUACUGGUUCAUUUACAACAAGAAGAAGAAGCGCGUUUGUUUCUUAUAUUUGAGCGCCUUGAACCACAUGCACCGUUCUCACCUAACGCAUACAAGAAGCGCCUCCAAUGGCUUGGAUGCUGCCAAACUGCAAUCUCAGGACGAAAGAAAUGACGACGACGAGUUCGAUGAUGAGUACAUGGACGAAGAUGUUGACAUGGAUUCUCUUCGAGACGGAGACGACGAUGUGAUUGGAGACAUCGAAAUAUAG